AUGAGUAAACAGCCUCAUGCUCCUAGCAAGGCAGAAGUUGUUACCAAUAUUGAAGUUGUGGUCAGAUUUAGGCCCGCGCCUGACUCAGAAGAAAGGGCCAGGUCAACGAUAAAUCUUCCUGCCGGUAAUGGCGAAGAAGCUCAAUCGGUAUCCAUAGGGGACAAAGCAUGGCAUUUUGACCAUGUUUUCACGCCCGACAGCACCCAAGAAGCAGUGUAUGAAAGAGCUGCAAAGGAUGUUGUCAGAGAUGUACUAAAUGGGUACAAUGGUGCCCUCUUGGUGUAUGGUCAGACAUCCUCGGGCAAAACGCACACGAUGGUUGGGACUUUGUCGAAGCCAAAUCUUCAUGGCAUCAUGCCUCGUGCCACCAGCGACAUUUUUCACCAAAUCCAAAGCAUGGGCGACAAUGAAUUCAAGAUUGUUGUUUCGUUUAUAGAACUAUAUAGAAAUACAGUUAGAGACUUGUUGGAUGUUACAAAAGUCCUCACUGUACAAGAAGACCAAAACGGUGAGGUUUCGGUGAAUAACGCCACCGUGAUCAACGUGUCCUCCGAAAAGGACGCGUUUGCCGUCAUCGAACGCGGCAACACCAAUCGCCACGUCUCUGCUAUAUACCAACAUGAAUGUAAACAGCUCGAGAUCUCAUUCGAUCUUGACGAUUCAAGCAAAUCAAAAAAAUAUGGUGACGCAGAAGUUNUGAAAGCCUUCUGCAAAGCGAUUAUCCCGAUUUCGACGAGUCAGCGCGACCAAGCAUCACUCUCCAAGAAGCAUCUCGAGCCUUUCGAUGGCACAAACAUUACGAAGUUCAAGAUGUUCCUCUAUAAGUUCGAAUUACUCAUAGAGUCGAAGUGUAACACUGAGGUAGAAAAGCUAACCUACCUGGAACAGUUUACCAAAGGUCAAGCUUUCAAACUUGUUCAGAGUUGCAGCACCUGUCACCCGUCUGUGGGCUACGCGAAAGCGAAAGAACUACUGAUCGCAGAGUACGGCAACGAUUUUAAAAUCGCUAACGCAUACUUGGAGACUCUUUCAGACUGGCCAGAGAUCGAACCCGAAGCCAAAGAUUCGCUCCUUGAACUUUCCACGUUCCUCAUUCAAUGUCAACAUUUCCUAGAAAAUGGCCCCCUCGGUUCUCAGGCGAGUUCUGCUUGCGAGACCGGCAAGCUUGUGCAGAGAGCCGUGAGCUGUCCUAUAGUCGCCGCGAGAAUUUCGUCCAGAACUUCAAACAAAGAAAUUCUAAUCAACGUUGCUCUCGACCCUCAUUCUUCGGAUUGCUGGCUGCGGGAGGACCUUGCUAAAGCGCUCAAUAUGAAGCUGCAUCCUAGAGACGCAAAUUUCUUAAAGUUCUUCUUGUUUGACGAAAAUUCAGGUCCCAAGGAAUACCGGCUCAGAGUGCACGUCUUCGGUGCACGCAGUUCGCCAAGUAUCGCAAAUUUCGCAGUCAAGCAGGCUGCUGAAGAUUACGCUCAAAGCUCGCAGACAGACCCUCCUCCACGCUCUCUUCUCGAAUCCUGGAACAGAUGGCAAGAAAAUUUCAAGUCGUUUGAGUAUAAAGUUCCUCGAAAUCUGAAAUUCUACGUCAAAGGUGACCCCACAAGGAAGGAGCUUCACGUGUUCUGCGAUGGCAGCGAGACGGCGUACGGCGCUGUCGCGUACUUGAGGUAUAUUACGCACGAGUCUGUCGCAUUGAGCCCUCCAGUGUUUGCCAAGGCUAGGUUGACACCCUUGAACAACACAACUCUACGAACGAUACCCCGAAUUGAGCUCUGCGCUGCAAAACUGGCCGUCGAAAUCGCCGCAAUUCUGGCCAACGAAAUGGAGCAACCGGUAGAUAAAACAACGUUCUGGACGGACAGUACCACCGUCCUGGCCUACAUUAAAACGAAAAUAGGCUCUUCCAGCGUUUUGUUGCAAACAAGGUCGCCUUCAUCAGAAACCUCUCGGCAUCCGAAGACUGGUUCCAUGUGGCAUCGAAGGAAAACCCAGCUGACCUCGUAA